AUGCCAUCUCCCGCACGCAACCCAGCCGGCGUCAUCCUCUUCAUCGUCUUCCUCAUAUGGCUGCUCUUCCCGGAAGGCGACUACCGGAGCCAGUCCCUCGCGCCGACCGACGUCGCAGUCGGCCGGCUCUCGCGGUACCAAGACGCCCUCGCGGUGCUCAACACCACCCGAUGGGGUGAUUUUUCGCCCAAGAAGCAAACCACGCGGGAGGGCCCGCCCCGCCACGCCGACGAGGCCAAGUUCCUCAACCUCACCGGCUUCAGAGAGCAGGACGGCUUCGCAUGGGACGACCUGGAAGCCUUCCGCGCCAAGGGCCUCCGGCUGAGCAGGCAUGCUGCUCCGUCCGUCGCCGACGACGACGAGGCCCUGUGGACCAACGCCUCGGGCACCGUCCACGGCGAAUGGGUCCGCCGGUCCGGCUCGUCGGGCCGCACCUUGGACAGCUACAACCUGACGGCCAGCGUGCCCGGGGUGGAGUGGGUGGGCCACACGGUCGCGUGGGCGAGGAACGUCACCGGCGAGACGGGCCGCAUCAUGCUGCGCCUGAGCGGCAACAAGACCCUCAACCGGUACGAGCAGCUCGCGGCGGACAUGGCGCCCCUGUCCGGCGGCGUCAUCCGCAGCCUGAGGGGCACCGCCGUGGUCGAGGACACGACCGGCUCCGGGCUCAGCUGGGAGAUGAAGCUGUGGGGUGUCCAUUGGCCGCGACGGGGCGUCAUCCUCAUGACCACCACGAGCGAAAAGUUCGAGGGCAUCUUUGCGCUGCCGCACCUGGCUCCCGGGCCCGACUUCUUCCAGUCCGGCCAGAGGCUGCUCAACAAGACGCUGGCCAAGGUGAUUCGACGCAAGCACAUGCACGUCUACUCGGACCAGAGGAUGCCGUGGAACUCCGACACGGAGAAUCCCAUGUAUACCGCGUAUCCCUCGCCGCACUGCGAAUACAUCAUGUAUGCUCAGGUCCACCCGCCGCUCGCGCAGGCCGCCGACGGUGGCCCCGGCCCCGGCCCCGGCCCCGGCUCCGUCUCGCGCCCCAGCGCGCAAGACACCUUGCAAGCCAUCGAGUCCGAACUCCAACACCCCGUCGGGGCUCCCAUACCGCGCAUCCCCAAGCUCAAGAUGUCCGCCGUCAUCUACUCCCCGGACUGCUCCUUCUUCCUCGAGACAAAGGGACCACCCGACUACCCGCCCGGCGAAUCCAAUCACCUCAUCGGCAUGAAGACUGAAGUCCUCACCCACCAAAUCAAGACCUGGCUGCUGCUCUACGCACUCGUCGUCUUGGGGCAGGUCCGCCUGCUGAGAGACCAGAUGAAGGAGUCGUUUACUCCCUCGACCAUGGGGAGGGUGAGCUUCGGAACCAUCAGCAUCAUGUUGAUCGUCGACGGCAUGACAUUCACGGCUGCCGCUACAUGGGUCUCCUCCGCCGCCGCCACCUUCCUCCCCACGCUGGCCCUCAUGUUUGCUUCCUUCUUGAGCAUGACCAUCGGCGGCAGCUUUCUGGCCAAGAUACACGAGGUUCAGCUCCCGGAAAGCAGACCUCGGCGGGAACCGACGCAAGACAGAUCCCCAAGCUCCGCAGGCCCGACGCCGCCGCCGCCGCCGGCCCUAGCUCCAGGUCCGGCUGCUGCUCGUUUCCUAGACGCCUCGGCGGCUACGGCAUCCCUCCUCCCCGGCCCCGGAGCCGCUUCCGCUCGACCUCUCACCCCGACAGUCUCCGUGCCCAUCAUUGUACCCUCGGACCAAGAUGUGGAUGCCGAAAUCGCCGCGGCUGCAUCUGCCGUGCCCGGCGCAACCACGGCUCCUCGCCCGACGAACCCCCCCGCCCCCCAAACGCUCACCUUCCAAGCCAUCAUCGGCCGCUUCAUCCUCUUCUCCCUCUGCGUCUCCUUCCUCGCCAUCUCGUCGUCCACCUGGUACCCCGUCCCACGCUCCAUCUUCCUCAACGCCUGCGCGUUCGUCUACCUGUCCCUCUGGGUGCCGCAAAUCUACCGCAACAUGUUGCGCAACUGCCGCCGCGCCUUGGCAUGGCCCUUUGUCGUCGGCCAAUCUAUCCUCCGACUCCUACCGCUCGCCUAUUUCUGGGUCAAGGAAGACAACUUCCUGUACGCCUCACCCGAUGUGCCGGCUUUCCUCUUUCUCAGCGGCUGGGUCUGGGUCCAGCUCGUCGCUCUCGCUGCGCAGCAGAUCCUGGGGCCGCGGCUCGGCGUCCUCGUGUCCUGGGCCCCGGACGCCUGGGAUUACCACCCCAUUCUGAGGGAGGACAACAUCGAGGCAGGCGGCCUGCCCAUCGGGUUGGCCGUGCCCGAAGAGGGGAUCCGCCUGGACAGGUCGGGUGGGGCGUGUUCGGAAAAGAGGCUGGGGGCCGUGCGGUCCAUUGACUGUGCUGUCUGUAGAGAGGACCUCCAAGUCCCCGUCGUCAAGGCCGGGGAGGAAGAGUCCUCCGUGUCGAGUGUCUUCGCGAGGAGGUUGUACAUGGUUACGCCGUGCAGGCACAUCUUCCACACGGCCUGUCUGGAGAGCUGGCUACGCUUCAGACUGCAGUGUCCUAUUUGUAGAGAAGAACUACCUCCCAUUUGA